CAAACAAACAAAAUCUCAUCUCCAGCAAUAAGUGGAUACCACUGGGGCCGGCCAUCCAAUCAGAUCACAGCGUCUGCUCAGCACUGGCAAGGCAUGAGGCUUCCACAACCAUUUACGUUGUCCCGUUGCCCGUUGCACAGUUACGAACAGGAUGUGGAUGGAUGUGCAUGCUCUCCUCAAACCCAGCUCUUCGGAGGUACCUUUAUUAUUCCAUCAUCGCCGCAUUCUCAUCUGCCUUUGUUCUAUAACCUUUCAUUCCCAUUUUCCCUCCAACGCCCUGAGCAUUUAGAGCUUCUAGUGCUGCCAUCAUCACCGCUGAUCUCGACGAGCAUCAGCUCAGUUCUACCAGGGCUAAUCUCCCCGUCCAAUGCCCCCCUGCGCGCCCGGGCCCCUAAUCUCACGAACACCCACCAGUCCAAAGCUAUUGCCUGCUGCUGCUUCUUUUGUUCCUACUGAGAAAUAAAAACAACACCAAACACGCCUUGUUCAUCAAGCUUCCCUCCCCGGCUUCCUCAUCAUUCAAUGUUCGACACAGCCUGAGAUAGCACCCCAAACAUAUUGCGCGCAGUAGUCGAUACGAGAAGGGAAGAGUCAACACGGCCUAGCACUGCAAGCCACUCGUCACCUGCCAACUGCCAUCGCAACUGUAAUUGCAGCAUCUUAGAUGAUAAAUCAACGCGCCGACUUCAAACGCCAGAACAUCCUUCCAGCAUCCGUACGCGAUCUUGACCACCAGCAUCCUAUUAAUCGCGUUCUUACCACAUCAAACAACCUUUUUCAUCCACGCAAUUCUCAAUUUUGAACGUCACUAUGGACGCCAGGCCUUUUCGACCGCGUGGCGCAGAAAACGCUCCCCAUCUUCAACAAUCAAACAAGUCUUCUGGAAAUAUGGUAAUGGCCAACGCAAACACAGCAGCCGGUUUCCGUGGCCCAGCGAAGCGAGCCGCCUUCGGUGAUAUGACCAAUGUUAGCAAACAGGCUGUAUACGCUCGUGAUGAAGGCAAAUCGAUCAAGGUUUAUGCAUCGAAUGGUGUUAACAACAACCAAGGUGGCGCGCCACUAAACAAGGAGAACGCUGUCUAUAGCAACGAUUCUUUCUCUCGUCCCGCCCAAAGGCUACCCAACAUCUCGUCGACACGAACCGUCCUAGAAAAUAAGCCUUCUGACGCGAACAAGAAGACAUCGCGAAACAACGGUCAAGAAACGUACGUCAGGAAAGAUACCCACAAUGCCACAAAGGCUCCUGCUCCGUCAACUCAGAAUGCCCCUGCUCUUCAGCCUCGCCACUAUAAGAGCCAACCUCAGCUCAAACCUCAGCAACAGCAAGCUAGUCUGCGUCGCACCCAAAGCAAGCAGCUGGAAAAGAUAGUGCCAAAAGCGGAUGUCGAGCUCGGCCCCAAAUCCUAUAACCCUGCUGUAAUGUCGCUGCAGGAGGCUGAUUAUCCCUACGACCAAGGCGCCUACCUUGAUUCUAUGUAUCUCCCCAUCGAGACCGGCGUCGACCUGGAUAUGCUUCAGAAGGAGGAAUAUCCCGAGUCACACAUCAAGCUGCCCGAGAUAUCUGAGGAAGAACCCAUUGUCCCCAUCUCUUAUGACCCCUCUGUCCCUUCCAUGUCAGAGCCUGAAGAAUGCUGGGAGGAGGCUGAUGACGAGGACUUUGAUGACCAAGACCAAGCAUACACAACAGCCCACUCAGUUCGCUCGCGGGAUAUGACUGCUGGGGGUGCUACAGAAGUUGUUCCACUGCCUCGUGUGACAGCUCGCGUUCAACGCGAACUUGAGGAUGCACGCGAGGAGGUGGAGCGUACUCGCACACAAGACGAGGUUGAAGAAGAGCUAUGGGAUGUCAGCAUGGUUGCCGAGUAUGGUGACGAGAUUUUCGAGUAUAUGCGCGAGCUUGAGAUCAGAAUGCUCCCUAACGCGCACUACAUGGACAACCAAACCGAGAUUCAGUGGUCAAUGCGAUCAGUCCUAAUGGACUGGCUGGUACAGGUUCACAACCGAUUUGGUCUCUUGCCUGAGACCCUUUUCCUGACAGUCAAUUACAUCGACCGUUUCCUUUCCCAAAAGAUCGUCUCAAUUGGCAAGCUUCAACUUGUCGGUGCCACCGCAAUCUUGGUAGCCUCCAAGUACGAAGAGAUUAACUGUCCUUCUUUGGGCGAGAUCGUCUACAUGGUUGACAAUGGCUACACUGCCGACGAGGUUCUGAAGGCCGAGCGUUUCAUGCUUAGUAUGCUGAGCUUCGAGCUGGGUUGGCCAGGGCCCAUGAGCUUCUUGCGACGUGUUAGCAAAGCUGAUGACUAUGAUCUUGAGACUCGAACUCUAGCCAAGUACUUCCUGGAAUUGACCAUCAUGGACGAGCGAUUCGUGGCAUCUCCCCCUAGCUUCCUGGCUGCGGGUGCACAUUGUCUUUCUCGACUCAUUCUCAAGAAGGGUGACUGGACUAAGCAGCAUGUCUUCUACUCGGGCUAUACCUGGAGUCAGUUGAAGAACUUGGUGACGAUGAUGAUCGAAUGCUGUGAUCGGCCGGACCAGCACCACGCCGCCGUCUUUGAAAAGUAUACGGACCGCCGGUACAAGGGGGCGUCUUUGUUAGUCCAAGAAGCUCUUGAUACUGGCUUCACCCUUCCUCACCAGCUAUCCCCCGUUCGCCGAGAGCUUCAAGGGUAUCGCGAAGGCAGUACUGAGUUGUCCAUUGCGCAGCCCCAACUCAUCCCCAUUAAGGGAUAAGAAGCCAUCAUGAACCGGUUGGCACAUGCUCGUGGGGGUUUUUUCUGGUUCAUGGCGCCCACCAACUUCUCGCCAUUUCUUCUCUUCUCCAGCCUGACGUCGAGCAUUACGACCUGCCACACCGGCGACUGAGGUGUUUUGACUGCUGUUGUCGCUGCAUCGGUACUUGACCGGACCGGCGUUUCUUCAGUUCUUCAGCCGGACCGGAAUAGCAUGUGCAGCCAGCUCUGGACAAGCCCUAAUUAUCUACCUCGGACUCUGUCUCGACGCAAGUUACGGUUUUUUUCGCUCUUGGAUGGGCUUUCUUUCUUGCCCUAAUCUCUAAAAGACGGUGGUUCUUUUUGACACGAACUCUUUAAUAAUACCCCGCCGGGGCUGGGCACAACACAACAACUUACCAGCAAUAUGAGCGGCGACACUCCCCACCCUAGACUCCUCUUCGCCAUCAAACGCCUUGCUUCAACCCCAGACAAUGGAGCUUGUAGGGGGGGGGGGGGGGAAUCAGUGGAGGGAAAGGUACAAAUACUGUAUAACGACUCUGGAUGACUGUUACGAAUAUCACGAUUGUGCGACUGCGAUUAUAUCAUCUUUUGUUGCCUAUUUGGCUGGUUUAAUGCAUUUUCGGAAUUCGGCGUUUGCGGGAACGGCCUCUUUCACUACCAACUUACAUACAUGCGACUGCAUAUAUGUAAUUGUAAGUGGGAUAUGGACUGGGGAACAAGGCGUAUGGAGGAUUCUUCAGGGACCGUUGGGGAAGGCGGCUGGCCUUUCGAACCGUGGGGGUCUCGCGAUUUCAAGCAGAAUGGAGUCGACCGACCAUAGACCAGAGCAAGUGGGAUGGAGAUAUAAUCAGCCAUGAUCACCACUGCCACUAUCGCCAGUAACCCCAUAGGCCCCAAGUUUGCAUUUACAGUAGUAUAUAGAUUAGUAGAGGCUCUGGACGCGUGUAUGGUAUCUAAUCCUCAAUUCUCUUGUUUCAAUAUUGUCACUUGAUGUUCCUUGCGCCAUUUAGUACGUCAGACCAGCUGCGCUUUGCAUAUGUUGCUUCAGUGCUAA